CUACAAAAAGCAGAGCAACCUAGCCUGUGAAAACAAAUGCAAAGCAACAAUACAAACACAGGCGAAAUCAAAUUAAAAGACACAGACGUAAUAAUAUAUGCGUGAAAAACUAGCUGGCAACAAUAAUAGUUGCUUGUGUUGAUCCAAAUGUCAAGAAAAUCUAGCAAAAAGAGACGCAUCAAAUAAAAUCUAAGUGUGAAGUGCUAUUUUGACUAUGACUUCGGUUAUAUAUGUGAAUUCGAGCUCGGAUUCGGAGGAGGAGGGCCCACCUGAUGCGAAGCGUGCGCGCCGUGAUCCCGCUAAAUUGACCACAUCGAAAGCUUUGCCCUCCAAACUAUUGCAAAUACCAAAAGCGCAGACUACAACACCAACAACACAAUUGACUCCCGCGAUCAAAGCUUCAGCGGCAUCUGUGAUUGGAGCGACAGUAGCCGGUGCCAGGGCUACAAUUGGGAUCCUACAAGUCCAUGCUCUUACCCAGUGGCAUAACAGUAACCAAGCACAACAACAGCAAUGGCGGCCUCAGUAUCGUUAGUCCGAAACCGUCCGUGGAGAACAAUAACAAUAAUAACACUAGUAACAAUAACACUAGUGUGAAGGGAAAGCCAUUAAAAUUAUCACUGGUCACGCAAAAUACCAGUGUCUGGCCCAAGGCUCCGACAACGCUGGCCACGAUAACCAGUGUGCCUACCCCAUCGACAGUCAAGCAGCUAACGCCGUUGGCGAAGGGAUAUAACAAGGUACAGCAACAAAGACUACCCCACCAGCAGCAGCAACAACAGCAACAACAGCAGCAGCAGCAAAAAACAGCGAUGGUGCAGCAGAAAGUCGCAAGUCCAAUGCCACAAAGGAUGACCAUGUUAGCGCAACAAAAAACAGGAAAACAAAUGGCAUUGCAGCAGCAGCAGCAAUUGAAACAGUUGCAAUUGCAGCAGCAGCAACCGCAGCAAACGAAGCAGCAAUUGUUGUUGCAGCAGCAGCAACAGCAGCAGGCGAAGCAGACAUUGUUGUUGCAGCAGCAACAGAAGCAGCAACUGCAGCAACAACAGCAGAAACAGCAAGUUCCAUUGGAGCAGCAAAAACAACAACAGCAGAAACAGCAACUACAAUUGGAACAACAAAAGCAGCAACUGCAACAACAGAAGCAUCAACUUGUAUUGGAACAGCAAAAGCAGCAGCAACAGAAACAGCAGCAGCAGCAGCAGCCAAAGCAUCAAGUGCAGUUGCAGCAACAGCAGCAGCCAAAGCAGCAACUACAACAAAAGCCACAAAUGCCACAACUGCAGCAAACGCAGAGGCCACUUACAGCUUUGACACAGCAUAAAGCUUUAAUGCAGCAACAGAAACCGCCAUCAACGCUGUUGCAGCAAAAGACGCAGGCACAAUUAAGGGCACAACAGCAAAAGAACUUGGUUAAACAGCAGCAGAUGCAGCCACAACAGCGAUUGCCCACUUUGCAGAAACAAACAGUGACCAUCACACCAACAACAGCAACUGCAACUUCAGCCAUUGCUCAAGCGCAGCAGCAACCGCAACAGAAGUCACCUCAAUUGCAAGUUGCUACGACAACAGCACCUCAAAAGCAGCCACUGCCGGCACACACUGCCACAGCAUUGGCGUUACAAAAGCAAAAACAACAGCAGCAGCAGCAGCAACAACAGACAGCUUUGGCGUUGCAGCCGACAGUGAUGCAUAAUGCUGCUACUGCUGGCAAUACAACACAAAUGCCACCAUUGUUGGCGAAGCUGACGCCAAUGCCAAUACUGAGUAAACAGCCGCUGAACAAGACGAGCACAACAAACACCAACAACAAUCUUAACAUCAGCAUCAGCAUUAAUAGUAGCGCAGCACGUACUUUACCCUAUAAGACGAAGCCAACAAUAGCGAGCAAUACACCGCUGCGAAGCGUGCAGCAAGUCACCACCAACAGUAGCAGCAGCACCAACAGCAGCACGCCCAUUCAGUCAAUAACAGCUGGUGCAACUCCACCAUUGCGUCUGCUUGCCACACCGCCACAUUGUGCUGCAGCACUUAAUGAACCGCUGUUACUUAAUUUGCCACCCACAACAAGUAUAACACCUCAACUGACACCGACAACAACACCGCCACCGUCGUCGACAACGGCAACAUCAGCAACCGUGAAAAUGUCAUUUCCCGGUGCCAGCAUUUCGCCAGUGACAAAAACUCCAGCGAAACGUGUGCAGCCCAUCACUGUACUCAAGAAAUCGGAUGAGGAGUGGCGCAAGCACAUUGCGCAGCAACAGCAGCAGCAACAACAGCAGCAGCAACAGCAGUUGAAUAAGCCAAAGGAACUGGAGUCACCUACAAUUGUGCUAGUGGAAUCGCCGCCAACAACGCCGCCCAACGACAAAGUGGAUAAUGAGCCGGCGAAGCGAAAGACGCCGCCGAAUGUUGUAGCUCCUGCAAGUGCAACGGCAACAACAACGACAACGGCAGCAACAACGACUGCAACUCGUGCACCAUUGGUCAGUGAAUAUGCGUCAUUGUUGCAGCUUUGUCGUGAGACAGACAAGUCCAAGGAUAUGGAGCGUUUGAUAGAGAUUAAGCUGAUGAAGCAUUAUUAUAGCGUCCAUGAGAAUUUUGUGCGUUCGCGUGGCUUUCGCAAGCAACUACAGCAGGCCAUGGAACGCAUACGCAAUGAGCCUGACAUGAUCUAUGUGCAUCUAAAGUGCGUAGUCGACGAGCUGAAAGUGCGACGAAAGGCCAAGGCGGUGCUGCCACUGCAAGAGGAUCUAGCUGAAGAGAAGCCACAGCCGCCACAGUUGCCAGCAGCUACAGCUACAGCGGAAGUGAAAGCAGCUGACGUAACUGCACCACCGAUCACGCCCAGCACUGGCAACAAACGGACCGAUGAGCGCAUCAGGAAACUCAAUCGCACAUUGUACACAAUUACGAAGCGUAUUAGCGCGUUGGAGGAGGCAGACGUCGAUUGGAAUGACGAUGAUGACUCCAGCUAUCUGCAGGUUGAGCGUUACAAGAAGCGCGCCUGCCAGAUCUAUGAGAAAAUCUGUGAUUUAACCGGUGAAAGUAAAAGCGCCCAUCGACAGAUGAAGCAACCGAUACUAUUUAAGGAUUCACCCUAUCCACAAUUCAAUCGGACUCUAUCGGCAUUCGUGAAUCGCAUGCACGAAUUUCCUGAUUAUUAUGAUGUGUUGCAGCUGCUCGAGCACUGCAAUAAGGACAAGGAUCUGGGACUCGCUUCAUUCGAAAUGAAGCGCAUAGCUCAUGAUGCCUUUGUUAAAGUGGGUCGAUUGCUGCAAGCGCGACGCAAGACUGAUCUCUACGAGACCGUAACACAUUUUACGGCAAACGCAAAGGAUCCGGCAGCAAGCGAUGCCACGCUGUUGGCCAAGCUAAACGAGAACAACAAGAAGCAAACCAAAAUCAGUGAUAUUCUGGAAAAAUUUGCACGCGAGCAGGAUCUCAGUGCAGAAGAACAGAGAGAGGCACGUCAGAAGGAGAAGCAAUUACAGGCUGAAAAAGCGGCGGCUAACGAGCAAGGCAACGUUGCCGCUGUCGAUGAUGACAAACCCUGCACCAGCGCACAGGCGGCUCAAGCGGCUGCCGAGGCGACUCAAACUACUCCAGCAACAACACAGAUCGUGGGCGAGAACGAGAAGGAGAACGAACUGACGAAUGGAGUCAAGAAGCCGCUAGGCAACUGUGUGAUUGGAAGUGAUAGUGACGACGAUGAGGAGGAAGACGACGACGAUGACGAGGAAUCGGAUGAGGAUGUCGAUACAUUUGUGGACAAUUUCAAGGCAAACGGCGAUGUAUCUGACGCAGAGUCCGAAACGGAACUAAAUGCAGCACCAAAGACACUUGACGCCGCGGCUACUCAUGUGAUAGAUAAUAGUGAAACGAGAGUCAAGACUGCUGCGCCCAUCGAUAACCUUGCAAUUGAUGAAAAUGUUGACAUUGAAGAAGCUUCCCAAGCGCAAGCGUCAACUCCAAUUGCUAAUGGCAAGCUUAAAGACGCACCAACCGCCCACAUGCUAAAGAUUAUGUCCGUCUCUAGUCUAAAUGCCAGUGUCUCUCCAAAUAGCAACAACAACAAUAAACCCCAGCAGGCAACCCAUCAGCCACAGCAGCAGAAACAACAGCAGCAACACAAACAGCAAAAGAUGUUGAUAGACACUGAAAUUGUCAUUUCAGACGAGGAGUCAUAGGUAUUCCUUAUGGUUGAAUUCGAACUGCAGCGUAUUAGUUUAUGAUUUAGCUAGAAUUUAUUUAUUUAUCAUCAUAUUGCGCACAAUUUGUUAUACUUUAUAUACGUUAGUAGAUUUCAUUUUCCAUUUAUUACAUAUGUACGUAUAUGUAUUUUUACGUAAUUCAAUAUUUUUAUGUAACACGGCACGUUGUCGAUGCUGUGACCUAUAAGUUUUGGUUUUUGUGCGCAAAAACCCUUAGAUAGUGUACAUACGGAAUACAACUACUAUUACGAAUAAGUGUGUUUUACAAAAACACUAAUGUCAUAAGAAAUAAAUGAAAUUAAA